AAUAUUCUCCUGGAAAAUCAUACCAAACACACCCUUUAAGUUAUUUUAUGGAAAGAAUCUAUGUUCCAGAACCAAGUCCACCAGUACCAAUUACAGAACUCCUAGCCAAGAACUGGAUUCUUUGCUUCCCUAUUACUUUAAUCUGUCACAGACAAGCACCUUUUGAUUAGGAAAAAGAAUCAUAUUUCACCUCAACACGCAGUAUUACGGCAACUAAAGAGAAACUCAAAGACUGCUAUAGAUCAAAUAUAUUGUGCCAUUUAUUCUCCCAAAACUCAAAGCUUUUCUUCCCAAUAACUGAAGAAGAAUAUAGAGAAUUGGUGACCAAGAGGAAAUUUUACAAACAUGAGCAGCGACAGCAGGCCUUAUAAUUUUGCACCAUAUGAGAAUUGGAGCAAUGGACAAUUACAUGAUCCUAAUUCCCAUGGACCUGAACAUAGCAACUGGAACAGAUGGCAACCCAUUUUCCCUCGUCCUCCACCUCCCCGGGAAGUCUCUCAGAAUCCUAGACGCGUCGUUCAUCAUCCCUGGUUGCCUGUGACGGAGAGAUCAUUUCCAGGACCUCCAGGUGCAACCAGAAUCACUUGCAGUUAUACAUAUCCAGGGCAACCGCGACGUAGACCAACUCAUCCUCCUGUUCGCGUUCUAGUCCAUGGCGAUGAUAUACCAAGACAUGCACUAUAUCCUAGGCCAAGCCAACUUCCAUUGGAUUCUCCUCCUCCGUGGUUUAUGCAGAGCAGGGAAACGUCGAGGGAUGAAUCCAAAUUGACCCCGAAUGAGCAAAAGGCUGCCUUGAACAAGCUCAAGAAACAAAUCUACAAUCCUGUACAGACAAAAGUUGCAAAAAAAGUGAACCUGUACUUUAGAGGCUUGAAUAAUAACAUGAACAAUACUGCCAACGAACCGGAAAAUGACAAGGAUGAGGAUGGUAAAAGAUGUUCAAUUUGCUUGGAAGAUUUUGUGCCUAAAGAAUUGGUUACAGUAACUCCAUGCAGUCACAUGUUCCACGAAGACUGCAUCGUUCCAUGGGUGACGAACCAUGGCUCGUGCCCCGUGUGUCGCUUUGCAAUCUGUGAACGAAUGAAACAGGACACAACGGACCCACCGGUGCCCAGGACUACUGCAACAAACACAAUGCCACCACAUGAACUGAUGAUGGAAAGGGACCUGAUUUCCAUAAUAAGAGCAUUUGAUCAAACUUUUGAAUUGGAUGAAAUUAGAUCCAUUCUCUUACCAAGAUUAACAAGAGGCUAAGUGGGGUUGCUAGUUUUUAGGCUAAGGUUCUUGCCUUGGUUUAUUCACUUUCUGUUGGACCAAAACUUGUAUGAUUUACCAAAAAAAGAUAGUAGUAAUACUUGUAUGAACACACAAUGAGAACAUGUAUUUGUUCCUUCUUACAAAUGAAUUAUCUUUACUUGAAUAAGAAAAUGUCUCUUUCACAA